GGGAGCUUUUCAGGGUUUAUUUACACUGUCUUCCUAGGAUUUACUGCUUUACCCAAGUCUAAGGAGUGCAAAUAUCACUGCUUUUGAACUGCCCAAAAUUCAGGACUUUUGCUUGCUCUCUUAGGAGACAUUGUCCUGUGUGCUUCUGCAGCUCUGCUUGUCAGGACAGCCUUUUUGGCUGUAAUCAGGAGAAUUGGAAAGUCUCCUUUCUUUCCUUGCAGUCCUGGACUACUUUCAGCUCCCAGCACAAGCCCACGUCCUGCUCUCCAGACAAGUGGCAGCACCUUCACCACAGCUGCUGGAAACUCUUUCAUUUCCAAGUAGUUUCAGCCUUCAUCUUCAAGCAGCCCCUCCUAAAACUGUCCAGCCAUAGCAGUCAUAGCAAUCCUGGAUUUCUCAACAACCACAAAGAAUGGAAAGAUAAUUAAGGCUCCAUUGUACUGCCCCCUACUCAUUGGUUAUUAAUGUGAACUAUAGUAUUUUCUAAUUACUAUAAAAGAUGAUUGAGUGUAUUCCUUAAACCUCAGUUUACAGUCCUUGCUGACCACUGGUAAGGGAAUACAUAAGUAGGAAAUGUAUAGAUAAGAAUAAUACACGCUGACAUACAAAAGGAAAAAUAGGAUCUGAAGAAUGGUGCAGUUUUGCAACUUGACAAGUGAUAGCAAAGAUAGAACUCAAAAAGAAGGCAGCAGCUAUUCAAAUCUCACUGCAGUAAUGGAAGACAUCCUAUCCAACUGCUUAAUAGGUUGUAAAACAGCAGCUGCUGGUUGUGAACUUUUCUAUGUGCAGAAGAAAAGAGCACCUGAAAGUAAGAGAACCAGUGGCACAGAUGUAGGAAGCGUUACCCUGGAAGGAGCUGAGACCCAGCACAGAUUGUAGAGCAUCAGCUGGGAGCAGGAAAACACAGCCUCUUGUACAGAGCAGGAGCGAGGCUGUUAUGGGAGCAGUUCCCAACCUCGGAGACAGGGCUCAGAGCAGCUGGUGGAGCUGUAGGUGGCCCCUGUUCAUUGCGGGGAAGCUGUACAAGAUGCCUUCAAAGGUCCCUUCCGACUCAAACGAUUCUGUGGCACUUCUGGUAGACGUAGCUGGGCUGGGUAUUUUUGAGCUCUUCCACAGUGUUCACGGACGGGGUUUCCUUUUCGCGCUGCCGGUGGCAGUGACAGCGGAGCAGAGGAGAGAAGGAGCUGUUGGUUUCUCUGCUUGUGUAAUCUUUUCGGAGCUUAGUGCUGUGCCACUCGGCACGGCUGUGGGCUGCAGCUCGGUGGGUGGCAUUGGCAGCCUGGAAAGACAGAGAAGCUUCCAACAGCGCGUGGGAAAAGCCCUCCUUUCCGUGCGCCCUGUCUAAGACACACUAAAAGCCCAUUUCCGUCCCUCGCAGGUCCCUCACGCCGGCAGCUGGACUUCCUGCAGGGAUCGCCGAUGCCGCCCCGCCCGCCCCCUGUGCCGCGGAUCCCCCGCUUCCCUCCCGCGGCGCCUCGGCCGCCAGGAAACUACAAGAGAAGUUGAAUGUUUGCUUCGGCUGAAGAGAAAGUUUCCCAAGUCUUGGGCAGAAAAAGGGAAAGAGAACGGAGGAUGUUGCCGGUAGGUAUGUCUGAGAGGAAGCCAUGACUAGCAGUGUGACUGUCAACAGGAAACAAAACUUCACAGCCGAUGUGACGCUGACGUGCAGAGCACUUGCUGUGUCAUGUUGCCAGCUGAACUCUGUGACCUGGGGAGCAGUGUUUGACUACACGAGGUGUCCUUCUGUCCAUUCGUCUGCAAGAAUUUGAAUUGCUCUGUGUCUGGUCACUCCACCUUGCCGAAGCUAGCGAGCCCUGUCUCUUUCCUCUUGACACCUGUUCCUGUGAAGACAUCCAGCAGCCAUGUGCAGAGAGGUGAAUGUGUGAGCCACCCUCACGGCAGCCGCCGAGCGCUCUGCAGACUGCAGACAGCUUCGAGGUGUUUUGGCUGUUCAGUGCUCUGCAGAUAUGAACGCUGAGCUUUUCUGGCACGUUCUCACAUUGGCCUGGUCGCUCUCACCAUGCUAGUACAUGGGAAAGAAGACUUCCUCUCAGACAUAGCUUACAUCAUCCUGGAACUGAUCAUUGCGGUGCUGGCCAUCCUGGGGAACGUCCUGGUCUGCUGGGCGGUCUAUUUGAACAGCAACCUGCAGAACGUCACCAACUAUUUUGUGGUAUCCCUGGCUGCUGCUGACAUUGCGGUGGGAGUGCUGGCAAUCCCCUUUGCCAUCACCAUCAGCACUGGCUUCUGUGCCUUCUUCUAUGGCUGCCUUUUCAUCGCCUGCUUCGUCCUGGUCUUGACGCAGAGCUCCAUCUUCAGCCUGCUUGCUAUUGCCAUCGACAGAAUCAUUGCCAUCCGCAUACCCCUCAGGUACAAUGGCUUGGUGACAGGCUCUCGAGCCAAAGGUAUCAUUGCCAUCUGCUGGGUGUUAUCUUUCAUCAUUGGCUUGACACCAAUGCUAGGGUGGCACAAGCGUUCCCAGAUUGAAGAGCUGGGUGCUAAUAAGUCCUCUCCCAUCAACUGCAGCAACAGUAUGGUGGUAUGUCUCUUUGAGGCUGUGGUCACCAUGGAGUACAUGGUCUACUACAACUUUUUUGCCUGUGUGUUGUUGCCUCUUCUCCUCAUGUUUGGCAUCUACUUGAAAAUCUUCAUGGCAGCUCGACGGCAGCUCAAGCAGAUGGAGAACAAGAUGGUGCAUGGGGAACGCUCACGUUCCACUUUGCAGAAGGAAGUCCACGCGGCCAAAUCUUUAGCCAUCAUUGUUGGCUUGUUUGCAGUCUGUUGGCUUCCACUACAUAUUAUUAACUGUUUCACCCUUUUUUGCCCAAAUUGUGCCCAUGCUCCCCUCUGGCUGAUGUAUCUAGCCAUUAUCCUGUCUCAUGCCAACUCGGUUGUUAAUCCUCUAAUUUAUGCCUACCGAAUCAGGGAGUUCCGAUACACCUUCCGUAAAAUCAUCAGCCAGCAUAUCCUGGGAAGGAAGGAGCAGUUCAAGGCGGGAGCAGCCAGCAUUAGGACUUCCACGCAUGGUGGGGAUGGAGAGAACGCCAGCAUACGAAUCAGUGAGUAUGCGUUAGAAGUGUACACCAAUGGAGAGAUCCACAGGGAUCCUGAAAAGCAGGACUUAAACAAAUGCAAAGCUGUCUUGGAAUGGCACCAGAAUGGAAGUGCUCUGGACAUGGAGACAAAUGGGCAUCUCCCACGUUCCUGCAAAAAUGGGAUUCUCUCAGAUGCAUGUGUGAACAGGGAGCUUCACCAUGAAGAGUUAAUAGAUGCCCAGGUAUCUUUCUCAGAUCUAGAAAGCACAGCCUUUGCAGCAGCUGAUGUUUCCUGAUGAAUCGUUCACAGUCUUCCUGGUAUAAUUAUUUUAUUUUCCAUGGGCAGCCUCUGCCACGGCAGAAGAUGAGGCUGGGGGGCGGGGGGAGAGACACGUAUUCAAGUUACUGUGGAGGAAGGGGUCCUCACCCAGGACAUUUGUGGCAAUCCUAAAUACUAGACUGGAGAAAAAGCCAAGAGACCAUUGAAACAGACUGAGAAAGGAGGGACAUGUAAACCAUCGAUGGCCUGUCACCAAGAGCAGUGACAGGGUCAAAGAUGGCAUUCCAAAUUGAGCACUGGGAGACUGCUGAAGCAGGGCAUAUCGUGACAUUACGCUAUACGGUGUGUCUGUGGUUGUACGUCUGUUUUGCUGUCUUUACCAACAGAAAUAAAACCAUGGCUGAAAGCAUUCACUUGAUUGUAAGAGCAACAAGGGGGAGCAUCUAAUUCUUUGGCCCUGCAACAAAUGGAAGGAAGAUAGCAACAUCUAUUGGUCAGGAAGGAUGCCAUCAGCUGCCUGGACAAGAAAGGAAUUUACCUGAUGGGAGCUUUGGAUACCUUCGACCAUGACAUUUUGUCUUUCAGUUCAUGUUUUUAAAGCUUAUAGUGCAACAGGUUGCUCGGAUGUUUUCUCUUGUCUUGAUUAGAUUCCAUUGUGUUAAGUUAUAAAGAUGAACAAGAACUCAUAUCCAUUGCCUGGGCACUCAAUGUUCCAGAUGCACAAGACAAAUGUAACCUCAUAGUUCUCCACUCUAUCCAACAAAUAAUGAAAACUGAGACUAAUAUGGAGUUCCCUUAGCAAAAGGACAGUCAGCAGGACUUGGUGCUAGAGCAUGGAUGGUCUUCGUCACCAGGGGUGGCCCUGCCCUGAGGUGCAGUGGAGAAUCAUCAGGUGUGAGGUAUCUGCAAGCUGGUGGGCACUGUCUGGCUACUGCUUUUGCCUCUGUGUCUGUGCCUGCCCUGGUUCCCAGAGUACAAAUUAAUUCCAUGGUCCGAAGUUGUCAUUCUCACUCAAAAGUCUGUGGGAUACAUUUUUUUUAUUUUUUGAUGGGAAGGCAGGGUGGGGAAUGACACAGGAUGAGACAGACAUACCUACUUACUUUUGGAAUCCCAGCUCAGUCUGAACAUCUUUUUUCUCCUGUGGUUUCAGUUUUUUCCUGAUGUGCUUUGCUGUGAAGCCUGAUGUGUCCCAGCAGUGCAGAGGCCAACAGAUCUCAGUCUGUCUGGUUAGAAGAUACUCUGAGGAGCUGGAAGCAGUCAGUGUUAGUAGAAGUCUGCUUAGAAACUGCAGUAGUGUGUGUAAGAGAGCAGGCAAAUCUGCUACAGCAAAGGUAUGCACUGAUACGAUUUGUCGUAGAGGAGUUUCACAGCAGCUUAGUAAUUUUCUGUAUCACCUAUGAAGCCGUGGUAGCUCAAGGGCAGCAGAGUGCCAUGUUAGCUUGUAUUCUACCUAAAUAUUUUCCAGUCUUUGUUUUCCAGACAAAUACUCUAUGCCCCUUGCCAUCAGCCUUCCAGGGAGAUGGGCAAUAAUGGUCCUACUAGAAAGUUAGAAGUCUGGCAGUUCUGAGGAUCAAGAGUUUUUCCUUAGCUAAAAAUAUCAGAAGUGUCAGCCUCCAACCCUGGCUCCUCCUUGUGUCUCUCCACUAACAUUUCAGAACCCAGAUAAUCUCAUUUUUAGGAAGGAAAGUGGAGCUGCAUUUUUGUAUUUGGAGAAUGGCACACUAGGUUUGUGUGUUCUCUGUCCAUGUUUAUUUUAAAUAUUGUGAAUUAUUAGAAUGAAAAUUAAGUUUUACUUGAAGAAAGUUUUCUUUUUUUUCCAGUCUGUCUGAAUGAAGGUGAAGAGUGGUUUAUAAUACUGAAUGUGUCCAAAGUACAUGACUGCUCUUGGCUAGCAAAAAGCUUACUGUAAGCUGGGUAAGAGGAUGCGUUUGUCACCACAAUCCUUAGCAGAAGGACAGGCAGCUAUAUAGAACAGUAGACUUCACAGUUUAAUUGAAUUGCUGCUUUCUUGGCAUGGCUCUACCACAUAGUCUAACAUCAGAGGUGUGGAUUAUCACUCUAGCACCAUUAGCAAAUACAUGACCGUUUCCCUAUGACUGAUGCUGUAGGCAGGCCCUCUGCAGGGUGCCUUGGGAUCUUGUUGCUCUUUAUCUUCCUUGAUGGAAUAUUUCUGUCGGCUCUGUGCAGGAUGACUCCUCUGGCCUCCUGAAACAGCAGCAGAGGAAUUCAGUCUGAAAAACGGGGAUCUGAUCUCUUUAGGCCUCAGCUGGGAGCUGAAAUGUUUCUAAGAAUAACACAAGAUUACAUCCGGUAUUCAUGUCAAUAACAAUUAGGUUCACAAAGAAGCAGAGCAGGGAAGGAAGUGUGGGAAAAUACCAGUAUAGCUCAUGUGCUGGAACACAGGCAAGUGCAGAAGUGUCUCCUAUUGAGCUUUAGUUGUCAUUGUAAAGGGAUGUUUUAUGCCACGUUGCAUCAGACUUUCAACAGCUGAUGUAGGUUGGUUGCUUUCUAUUGUUUCCUGAGCUUCUUCGCACUCAAUUGUGGAUUCUUCUUGCUUGGUUGCCACAGGAAUUGAAUUGAUCUAUGUUGAUGUGACAAAAUUAAGAUUGUCCCUCUGGAAAACUAUCCUGCCCAACCAAAGUAAGAUUGCCAUGCAAACUUAGAGUUUCCAGAUGUCCUGAAACCAGUUUUUCUGUGGCUGUUUGAGUUGUCUCCCAACUGUAUCCAGUCCCUUUCAACAUUAGUGAUCUAGAUUUCAAAUGAAAAAGGGCCAGGGGAUGUGUGUAGGAGGAUGUGCAGUGGUUGUAAGAAGGCAGCAUGUUUUGUAUGGAAUUGGAAGUCUGUAGUCACAGGAAGGAGUGGAGGGCAAUUGCACCACAUGCUGCCUGCCUUCUGGCAAACAUAUGUCUGAGAUGGACCUUCAGAAGAUGUUUCUGAAGUUGCUGGGGGGGAGCGUGAGCCUUUUGAACAGAAUUUUGGAAUUCUUGUUUCAUGAUUUCAAGGCUUCCUUCCUUGUAUUGAAAAAGAAGUUUUAAAAUCCCAUGAAUAAAAUAUGCUCUCCACUCUUGAGAAAUGCACCUCUUCCAAACUAUACAGAGCAAGUUUGAAAAGUUAAAAUUUAACAUUUUUUUCCUAACUUCCCUUACUCAUAUUCCCAUUUUCCUUCCAGCUGGAGAUUUAGCUGAUGAAAUAGCUAUUCUGGAUAAACAAAGAUGGUGCAAGACAAAGGGAAGAAUGGGGUGACCAUCAGGAGAGGAUAGAGAAGAUCUCCUUAGGAAUCCAAGGUGCAGUGGGUCCAGAGAGUAACAGCUGGGGUAAGAAGAGACUAAUUUCAUUGAAUUGGAACAUGUUACUAAAAAUGACUCAAAAUCCAUAGAGGGAUGCAGUGCCUCAUUUGGUGAGAGGGCAUUCCAUGAAUUUCACCAUUCCCUUGAGACUACUAGGCUCCAGGGUUUGUCUGCUUUAUAGGGUUUGGGAGAAAGUAAAAUUCUGAUCAGUUGCCAGGAGCAAUUUUAUCAUGAGGAGUUCUUAGGUCUCUUUCCUCAGUAGGGCACUGCUUUUUUGUGUGAGCAAAUAAAUGCACUUAGAAUUUUGUUCUGUGCUUUCUUUUGGAUCGGCAGUAUCUCAGAGUUCUGUGCAAGCCUGAACUACUGCUUAUGAAUGGAGCCAACUGAGAUGAGAAGGAGACUUGUGAGGCUGAUACCGGUUUACAGAGGGCAUGGCAGGACAGUUGGGGUACUGUAAAUAGAAAGGACUUGCCACUGGUCCUAGCUGCUGCUAGCAAGUUUAUUGUGCAGACAGAUUUGGGAGUUACAAGGAAUACUCUGAAUCUUUGAUCUUUCAUUGAAAAGAAACUCUGGAGAUGCUGGAGGGCAUAGGAAAGUCUUUAAGGUGUGGGAACAGACUGGGGUGUUAGGGUUUGAUGGGAAAUCUUGAUGUAGAAGGAAGAUUUGUAGGGUAUGUGUUGGGAGGUUAUCAUGAGAGCAGGAAUGUGCUGGAAAGAGCUGAGGUUUGCACUGAUAGCCUCAGAGGAGUGGAAAUGGCUGAAUAAGGACUCUGGAAGGGAUUUAUAGUGUUAUGGUGCUCCUGGGUCACUGCAGAGGGGCAGCCUUGCCCUGAUAACUGCAGGGGAUUGACUUUGUGUGGUUGAUAUGUGACUGAGGAAGAGAUGUUUUUUUCUGGAUUAUCUCAUUUUCAGAUGCUUAUUUCAUAAGCACAAUCAGGUGAAAUGAGCCCUUCUGCUUCACGAGCAUCACCCCGCGCACACCAUCCUACCCCUAAGAAAAUCAGUUCAGCCCUGCUUUGUGGGAAGGACAAGCAUACAGUUAACAGCUGUGAUGCAUUGAAACUGUAGAAUGCUCUAGAGGUGUUUGGUACAUCAGCUGCCUAAUAGUUCUCUCCUGAUUUGUUUUGGGCAUCAGAUUGCUCUGAGACAGACCGAGGAGCUUUGUCUUUCUGGCCCUGAGCGUCUGACCUUUUUUUACCAGUAAAACACAUCCAGAGUAACUAAAACGACACCAGUUCCUGAUUUGCACAAGGCAACUAAACCCUAAAUGAGGCAGUGUUCUGUAUAGCUUCCUGUGUUAUUCAUCUGCUGGGACUCUUAACACAAGAAUGUGUUGCAUUCAAGACUGGAACCUGUUGAUCUGAGAACAUCCUAUGCUUCCCCUGUUCUGUCUCAGGAGCUGGUGUUCCUGCCCCCAUUUCUUUGGAGGGUUGUCUCUGUGGUCUGUCAGCCAAGACACUACGAACACCUGCUGCACAUGCUGUCACUAAGAAACACUUACUCUCUUAAUUUAAAUGUUUUAUGAAUAUAAUUGUUGUUUUCCCUCUGUUUGUCAGUUACCAGUGGGAGGGGAGGGAAAGGGGUGGGAGAAUCUGUGCAUGCAUAUGUAUUUAAAGUGCAUUGACCAAAGUUUGUUUUCUUUCUUGAACCUGUGAAGUUUUAAUAUCUGUGAAGUCAUCAGACUGCUGGGCAGUGAGGAGCCACUGGUGCUGCUGAGUCUGUCUUGGUUACAUUUCUUAAUAAGCAUUAAAAUAAUAAAAUAUAUUUGUAAAAGUGA